AUGCUUGUUUUUGGUCAUCCUCAAGUCUUUAAAACCUUCAACUGUGCUGCUUGUUUCCACCCUCGAGGUUAUAUCAUUGCCUGCCGUUCUCUCUGUCGCUCAAGCCAAACUGCACAUCACAACAUGACCUUCCAGAAAGCUCCCAAAGGCACCAUCGCCAUCGAAGAGGCCGUCCUCGACCCCGCCGGCCUCAGUUGGAUCUCUGCCUCGGCGCCCCUCUUCAACCCAGGACAUCGCCAAACACCUCCGGACUCGCCUUCCGGCUCUCCUCCCGGUUCUCCUACCCGUCACUCUCACCUUACAUCUCUUCUCCAAGAUGUCCACACUACCCGCCUUCAUCAGAUGGACACACAUGGCGUGGAAUACAUGCUUCUGUCUUUGACUUCCCCCGGACCCCAAGGCGAAUCAGACCCUGCCAAAGCCGCGAUCAUCGCCCGUGAGGCCAAUAACUGGCUCUCAGAGCAAGUGAAACUCAACCCAGCGCGUUUCGGGGGUCUCGCGUCACUUUCCAUGCACAACUCUGCUGAUGCUUCAGCUGAAGCAGUUCGGGCAGUGAAGGAACUGGGAUUUUUCGGUCUGAUCAUCAACGACUACCAGGAUUCCUCACCUGGUGCUCCCAACGCGGACAAGGAAGGCAAGAUCUACUACGACGGUGAAGGAUUUCACGAGUUUUGGAAGACUGUUGAAGAACUGGACGUGCCAGUGUAUUUGCACCCUCGAUACCCGGCGGCACAGGACCUCGAGCCUGGGACCAAAUGGGGAGAUAGGAAGCAGAUUCUCGGGGCCGCGGUUCAGUUCCAUUUGGAUCUGAGCACGCAUGUGUACGCACUGUGUUCAUCGGGCGUAUUCGAUCUCUUUCCACGAGUCAAGGUCGUUAUUGGACACUUGGGAGAAGGGAUUCCCUUCAAUCUUUGGAGGGCAGACCACUGGUAUAACAAACCCGUGAAGAAGGCCACCCGACCGUCCAAGGAGGACUACACCUACUAUUUCACCCACAACAUUUCCAUCACCACGUCGGGAAACUUUAACGAGCCAGGCCUCAAGUUUUGCAUAGAUCAAAUCGGAGUGGAACGGUGUCUAUUCUCAAUUGAUUACCCAUACGACACCAUUGCAGAGGCACAAUACUGGUGGCACGGCGUGGACUUGCCAGCCGAUCAGAAAGAGCUGGUAGCAAGGGGAAACGCCAUCCGUUUGUUCAAACUGCCAUUGGAUCCUUGA